AUGAUUAAAGCGUUGAUUUCAUUGAUCCUAUUUGUCAUUGCAGUAGUAGCAUUCGUUGAAGAAGAAUGCCAAAGCGAUGCUGAUUGUUUCUUUUCGAGGUGUUUGGAAGGAAAGUGUCAUCUUGAUCGCGGAGCUAUCUAA